UUGUUCUUGUGUAUAUUUAUUUUUGGGUUUUUUAGCUGGUUAUUUGGAGCUGGAUCUUCUUACCCAGCCUCACACCCCCGGACCCCUCUUUUCAAAAUUUCUCUUCUGGGUGUUUCAUAAUUUUAUUACUUUUCCCCUUUUGUUUCUCCUUCUCAUUCUUCUUCUUCUUCCUUUUCUUGAUUUUGGGUUUUCUUUCUUUUAUACUCUUCUUGGGGUCUGAUCAUCUUUUGGGGGUAAGCGGAUUUCUUGAUUUGGGGCUUGUUUAAUUUGUACUUGGUUAUCGAUUUUUAGUUUCUUCUUUGAUCAUCUCUCGGAAGUUAUUUUUGGUGUCUGUUGGGAAUGUGGAGAGACGCUGGAGCUCCUGCUGAUUCUUUCUAUGAGGUUCGCCCUGAGUGCACCGAUGUUCCCAAAACCCGUUUCAAGAUCAGGGCUGGGAAAACCUUAAGUGUUAGAAAAUGGCAAGCAGCUUUUAAUCCCGAAGGGCAACUGGACAUAUCAAAGACUCUAAAUCGCAUCCAUCGUGGGGGGAUCCAUCCUUCAAUCAGAGGAGAAGUUUGGGAAUUUCUUCUUGGUUGUUAUGAUCCUAUGAGUACCUUCGAGGAAAGAGAAGCGAUUCGCCAGCGUCGAAGGAUAGAGUAUGCCACUUGGAAGGAAGACUGUCGCCAAAUGUUUCCUGUUGUUGGAAGUGGUAGAUACAUCACAGCUCCUGUAAUCACAGAGGAUGGUCAGCCUAUUCAUGAUCCACUUGUACUCUUGGAAACAAAUCCGGAGAAAGGUCCGGCUGUACCUCAAGAUACUGGCCCCGAUGCCAAUUUGGAUGGUUCACGGUCAACUUCUUCUAAUAAUUUGGAAACUGUGAAGGAUCCGAAAAUAAUUCAGUGGAUGCUUACUUUACAUCAGAUAGGUCUUGAUGUGGUUCGGACUGACAGAACAUUGGUAUUCUAUGAAAAGCAAGAAAACUUGUCAAAACUUUGGGAUAUUCUUGCUGUUUAUGCCUGGAUAGAUAAAGAUGUUGGAUACUGUCAAGGAAUGAGUGAUCUUUGUUCUCCCAUGAUAAUGCUGCUUGAGGAUGAAGGCGAUGCAUUUUGGUGCUUUGAACGUCUGAUGCGCAGAUUGCGAGGGAACUUCAGAUGCACUGAUAGCUCUGUCGGCGUGGAGACUCAACUCAAUAAUUUGGCUGCUAUCACACAAGUCAUUGAUCCAAAACUUCAUCAGCACUUAGAGACACUUGGCGGUGGAGAUUAUCUUUUUGCUUUCAGGAUGCUUAUGGUUUUGUUCCGUCGAGAGUUUUCCUUUUGUGAUUCCUUGUAUCUCUGGGAGAUGAUGUGGGCCCUGGAAUAUGAUCCCGAUCUAUUUGCGAUGUAUGAAGAACCUGAUAUGGGCAAUGAGAAAGGCGAGGGAUCGAAAGGAAAAGCAAAAUCGAUGCGUCAAUGUGGGAAAUACGAGAGGGAGAACUUGAAAGCAAAGAACUCACAAGCUCCUCUUCCAAUCUCUGUUUUCCUUGUUGCUAGUGUCUUGAAGGAUAAGAGCACAAAGCUACUUACAGAAGCUCGGGGUCUGGACGAUGUUGUGAAGAUAUUAAAUGACAUGACUGGAAAUCUGGAUGCCAAAAAAGCAUGCACUGGAGCAAUGAAGCUUCACAAGAAAUAUCUAAAAAAGGCCAAGAAGGCAUAGCAAUAGAGAAAAACCUGAAACUAUAUUUUUUCCGAUCAGAGUUGAUCGGGCAAGAGAUUAUCGUAUAUUUUCUGCACAAACCGUGGCCAGAAUUGUGGAACUAUCCUAGUUUUCUGACCAGCUAUACAUUCCCACAUAUCAAAUUUGUUGUAUGUAAAAACAAUUUAUUCAUUUUCUUCUUUUUUUCCUGCCCUUUUUUGAUACUGAAAAAAAAAAAAAACAGUGAAAGAAUAUAUUUUGUGAUAACCAUCUGAUUCUUUGUAACAAUCUAUAUGCAUACAGAAGUAAAUAUCAUUUGUAUA